ACACCGUCAAUGUCGAAAAUGCAGCAAGCAAACCGCCUCAAGCAGGCCUUUAUGACAAAGAAGCCCGCCUUUGGGCUCUGGCAGAUGCUGCCGGGCUCCAACAUCUCGCGGGCUCUUGCCAGGACGCCGGGCAUCGACUGGGUCAUGGUGGACUAUGCGGCCAUGCACGAGGCUGUGCCUGCCAUCGCGGCCGUUGGGGUUUCCCCCAUUGUGCGGAUACCAGACUUUCAACCGUGGAUGGUCAAACGGGCUCUUGAUACUGGAGCCCAUGGGAUCCUCGUGCCGCUGAUCAGAACGGUGCAAGAGGUCAAAACUCUCGUGUCGGCGUGCAAGUUCCCGCCCGAGGGGACUCGAGGCUUCGGCUCCCCCUUCGCCAUGCAGACCUUCUCGCCAACGCCGUCCAUGACGACGUACCUGCAGUCUGCCAACUCGAGCCUGCUCACGAUGGUGCAGAUAGAGACGCGGGAGGCGCUGGAGGCGGUUGCCGAGAUUGCGCCGCUCGUCGACGUCGUGCUGGUCGGGCCGUUUGACCUCGGCAACAACAUCGGGCACCCGAUCCUCGACGGCGUCAUGAGCCAGGACCUUAGCAACGCCGUGGAGAGCGUCAGGGUCGCGGCGGAGAGGGCCGGCGUCGUGAGCGGCAUCUUUUGCACGAGUCCCGAGAUGGCAAGAAGCUGCGCCCAGGCUGGCUGGGGCAUGAUCAGCGUCGCGACAGAUCUGACGGCGCUGAUGGGGACGAUGGAAGAGAGGGUUGCGGUUGCGAGGGGAGAGGGUAAGCCGGGAGCGAAGGGUGGAUAUUAA